GAGUCCAUCAUCAAUCACAACUCAACAAAGUGUAACAAUCUAAAAUUGAAUUUUCUCAAUCCAAAACAACAACAAAAACAUGGGUAGUAUUAUUGAGAUUCCAACAAAGGUACUUACCAACACAUUUGAUAAAGUAAAAAUGCCAGUUAUAGGAAUGGGAUCAGCCCCUGACUUUACAUGUAAGAAAGACACAAAAGAGGCAAUCAUUGAAGCCAUCAAACAAGGUUAUAGACACUUUGACACUGCUGCUGCAUAUGGCUCAGAACAAGCUCUUGGUGAAGCUUUGAAAGAGGCAUGUCAACUUGGUCUUGUCACUAGAGAAGAGCUUUUUGUCACUUCCAAACUUUGGAUCACUGAAAACCAUCCUCAUCUUGUUGUUCUUGCUCUCCAAAAAUCUCUCAAGACUCUUCAAUUGGACUACUUGGACUUGUAUUUGAUUCAUUGGCCACUUAGUUCUCAACCUGGAAAAUUUUCAUUUCCAAUUGAUGUGGAAGAUAUCUUACCAUUUGAUGUGAAGGGUGUUUGGGAAUCCAUGGAAGAAUGCUUGAAACUUGGACUCACUAAAGCUAUUGGAGUAAGCAAUUUCUCUAUCAAGAAACUUCAAAAUCUCAUCUCUGUUGCCACUGUUCUUCCUGCAGUCAAUCAAGUGGAGAUGAACCUUGCAUGGCAACAAAGGAAACUAAGAGAGUUUUGCAAUGCAAAUGGAAUAGUGUUAACUGCAUUUUCACCAUUAAGGAAAGGUGCAAGUAGAGGACCAAAUGAGAUUAUGGAAAAUGAUAUGCUUAAAGAGAUUGCAAAUGCUCAUGGAAAAUCUAUUGCACAAGUCUCUCUUAGAUGGUUAUAUGAACAAGGAAUCACUUUUGUUCCCAAAAGCUAUAAUAAGGAGAGGAUGAACCAAAAUCUUCAAAUCUUUGAUUGGUCAUUGACAAAGGAAGAUCAUAAAAAAAUUGAUCAAAUUAAGCAGAACCGUUUGAUCCAUGGACCAACUAAGCCCAGCCUCAAUGACCUUUGGGAUGAUGAAAUAUAAAAAAAAUAAAAUUCUUAAACUUAAAGUACUUAUAGAAAGAAAAAACAAACUUAAAGUCCUUUAAAUUUACCUCAUUUGAUUUAAAUAAAAAAAACUUAAAGUACUUAUUUAAAUUAUUAGAUAACUCUUUGUUUCUUUUGAGUUUUCAAUUACCUGUAUUUUUGUAUCUGAUUUAAAUAAUCAGUUUUGCAUUUCAUUUUCUCCAAGUUAUUUACAUUUAUAUUUUAUUUUACACUUGCUUAAAAUUUGUAUUGGCCUCGUUAUACCAUUUAAUUAAGAGGUGUGUGUCCAACAAGUAAAA